UAAUCUCGUUGGAGUCGUGGUUGAGCUUAACCUCAAUCAAUUCGUGAAACGUCAUCAUCGGGGAUUCGAGAAAAAUCGAGUUCACAGAUCCACUGAAAGCAAAAGAAUCAUGGGUUCAAUUUCCAGCACGAGACGAGUCAUGUCUGACGCAAAGAAAGAAUGGGUAGCCCAAACCAUCAAUUCCGAGACGGUCGUCAUCUUCUCCAAGAGCUACUGUCCUUAUUGCAAAAUGGCCAAAGAUGCCUUCGACAAACUCAAGCAAAAGUACAACUCAAUCGAGCUGGACCACAGAGAUGAUGCCGACGAGGUCCAGGAUAUCCUGGGGGAAAUUACAGGUGCCAGAAGUGUUCCUAGAGUAUUCGUGAACGGUGAAUUCAUCGGCGGUGGUACUGACGUUAAAAAAAUGUACGAGACUGGAGAAUUAGCGAAAAAAUUGGCGUAAUCGUCAGAAAAUUACUUAAAUAAUUAUAGCAACAGCAUUUUUAUUUUCUCACAUCAAUGGAUCAAGUUAGAAAAUCGAGAAUUUAUGUUCAUUAAUGUAAUACAGUAAUUGGUUUUACUCGAGAGCAAGAAAAUAAUUCGAGAUUUACUUCUAUUUUUCGUAUUUGAAUCCCAUUGUAGCGAAUAAUUCAGAAAAAAACGUUCAACAUUCAAUAAAAAUUCUACACAUCAA